GUUGAGGUUUUGUCUCAUUUUCUUACUUCAGAAAUUAACACUCUGGGUUUCUCUGCCACGGCACACUGCGCUGCAAAAUCUGCCUUUCAAUAUAUGACAACUAAAUAAACUUCAGCCGAAAGCAAGAUGGUGCACAAUUUCUCAGACUGUGAGAAGUUUCAAAUGGCCCUGCUGCCCUCAGUCUACGGGGUUGAGUUCAUUGUGGCCCUGAUAGGAAACCUCUUUGCCUUGUGGCUGCUGGUGGUCAGAGAAAGAAGGAACUGGCACACCGGCGUUGUCUUGUCCUGUAAUCUGGCCAUCAGUGACCUGCUCUACAUCCUCACCCUGCCUCUGCUGAUUGUCUACUACUCACUGGGGAAACACUGGAUUUUUGGGGACGCUGCAUGUAAGAUUGAGAGGUUCCUCUUCACCUGCAACCUCUAUGUGAGCAUUUUCUUUGUCAUGGCGAUAGGUGUGAACCGGUGUGUUGCCCUCAUGUUUCCAUUCUUCACCCGUUCCUAUGUGCGGCCUGCCCACGCCAAAGUCGUCAGUGUCGUCAUCUGGCUUGUCGUAGGAGUCAUUUCCUGCCCUGUGUGGAAAUUUGCCACCAUUUGCCGAAAUGUGCACACCAACAAGACUCUGUGUGUGUCCUUCUGUUCCCACAAUCCUGCAGAUGAAAUCCCUCACUUCACUUACAAAGUGUUUCUGGCUGUGUUUGGGUGCCUUGUUCCCUUUAUGGUGACUUUCACUUCUUACUGUAUGGUGAUUUGGGUUGUGUGGAAAAAUGUCAGUAUAACAACACUGGAGAAACGCAAGGUUGCUCUGUUGGUCGGAUCGGUGGUUGUGCUGUAUGCUGUUUCCUUUUUGCCAUACCACAUCUUUCAGACCUACCACCUGUAUCUCAAAAUCAAGGAUCCUACCAACUCUGUGUGCUGGGUCUACAACAUGUACCAAGUGUCAAAGGGCCUGGCAGUUCUGAACAUGUGUCUGCACCCAGUCCUUUACAUGGCUUUGUUUGACAGUAUGAGAGAAGCGUGUUGUGGGAAGAGCUCAGUGGAAAACUAAGCUGCUGUCUGAUGACUUUUCUGUGAUGCACAGCCUCAUUUUUUUUUUAAAUAUAGAGACUUUUACACAGGAAUUAUUUCCACAGGAUAUCUCACUUUGAAGAC